GUCGUGCGGGUGUUUGUGGGCGAGAGCCAGCGAGCACUGCGAAUAAUGUUCAUCUGAACAAGUGCUGUUCCUUUUCUUUAACUUAAGAAAGAAGAAGAUAAACCAGAUCUGAAUGGAAAUUGAGAUGGCAAGUAAAGAUGGACAGGGCUUUCAUUCAGUUCUCGGCUCUGAAAAUCUGUCCCAAGCAGAUACCAUCAUCUGAUGAACACAAAAAAAACACCCACGCUUUUCAGGGCCCAUAUGAAUUCAGAUUUGAAGGCAGAAUUAUUAGAGUAUUCUUUGAACACCUUUAUUAACUCAUCAUCACAGUCACCACAGAUUAAAAUCCCUCUUUUCUGAGGGAGAAUCUGUGACUGUCAAUUGUUUUUAAUUCCCAACACUGUCUGGAAUCCAGAGCUCCUCCGUUGUGUCGUCAGCAUUGUCAAGCUGCUGCUCUCAGAGCUGUCCUGUCAUGUCCUGACCCAUCUCACCCGCCUUUUGCCAGUGUUGCUGUCUAACUGAGACACACGCACACACGCACACACACACACACACACAAAACACAUGUCGUGAUCCCGCUACCACGUUUCCACAACGACCUCAGCCAGUAUUGAUCGACACGUGCAGAGAGGACGGCGGUUGGCGUGCCAGGCUAUCUGCAGGGCCAUUGACGACAGCAGCCCCUCUCCCCGACCACUGUCUCUCUCCCGGAUGCUGACAUGUACACCGGUGACACACUCUGGUCCUCCGCUGGGAGCCAUGGGACACCGGCAGCUCGCCCUGAUCUCAUCGCGGACGGCCCCCGUUCCUUGGCAGCUCACCCACCAGCCGGUUACUUUGGAUUGCUCUGGCAUUACACCGAGAGACAGAGAGAGGUCUGUCGCCAGGCAUCAUGUGCUCCGGCUCAUUUUCUCAUUAAAGCCGCCGCCUGCAGACGAGGGAAGAGGUUGUGGAUGAGACAGAUUGACAGAUGCCUCAGGUAAAACCAAGCGCCUGGGCAGUUCUCCAUAGCCUCCCCUGCCCCUCACCUCCCACCUGAUCACCUCUUCUCCUCCAUCUUCCUCUCAUCUCUCUCUCUCUCUCCUCCUGUCCGCCAUGACGACCACCCUGGAGACGCUGCUGGCCCAGCCCGACCAGGAGCUGAGCCCCGAGCGGCUGAAUGGCUGCGAGGACACUGGCGACCGUUACAAAGUGGUUCCCUCUGUUGUGUGCUCAAUGUGCUGCCUUUUCGGCAUCAUUUACUGCUUCUUUGGUUAUCGCUGCUUCAAAGCUGUGAUGUUCCUCACAGGCUUGAUGUUCGGCUCUGUCGUCAUCUUCAUGCUCUGCUACAAGGAGCGCGUGCUGGACACCCAGCUGAGCGUGGAGGCGUCGGUGGGCAUCGGUCUGGGCAUUGGCACACUUUGUGGCCUGGUCACCAUGCUGGUUCGCAGCGUGGGCCUCUUUAUGGUGGGCUUGCUGCUUGGCCUGCUGGUGGCCGUGGCCACCCUGGUCGGCAUGGAGGAGCUGUCCGACAGCCCACCGCGCUCCGUAUGGGUGCCCCUUGGCGUGCUGCUUGGCCUGGGCAUGCUGUUUGCCGUGCUCACGCUGCAAUGGCAGCGUCUCUUCACCACGUUGUCCACGGCGAUGUUCGGUGCAGCAGUGAUCACGGUGGCUUUGGACUACUUCGUAGAGCUCUUUGCCCUCUUGCUGUACAUGUACGAGAGGCUGAAAGCAGCACCGGCCAAACCUGUUUGUUGGCUGACGUGGGUGGUGCUCGGGGUGUGGCCAGCCCUCACCCUGCUGGGGGUCAUGGUCCAGUGGAAGGUGACUGCCGAGGGAUACUCGCAUACGAAGGUAAUCAUCAGCCGGCAGCAGAGGAGGAUGCAGGUGAUGCGGAUUCGUCAGCGGGACGACCGCUACCGCAGCAAGAAGAAGAAGAACAAGCCGCAGCACGGCUCCUCCUCCCACCAUCAACACCAGACGAAGCAACUCCAGUCUGAGCCCGCGUACCGCCGCAAACCCAACCCCAUCCGCCGCUACGACACGGACGUCCUCUCACCGAGCUACAUCCAGAGUUUUCGAGAGCGGCAGGUGCAGCCUCAGCCUUUCCCCGGGCAGCUGAUGGGCGGACCUCACGUCAUAGUGGAUGUGGGCUACAACCACAGCUCCACGAGACCCCUCAGUGGAGGACCGGUGCUACAGGUCCGACCACUUUCAGAGGCCUGAACGCACACCACAAACCGGGGAGACAGGACUCCACAAUCACCACCCCACCUGGGUGUAAUCACAAACCACCACUGGGGUUUCAAUGCAAAUAUUCUGGGCUAAAUACAAUCUGGGUUUGACCUCGCCCCUAAGAGGAUGAAAAUAUGUUUAGGGCUGAAUUUACCCCCCAAAAUGUGAACAAAGUUUAACCCUUUAGUCAUUAAAUUUUACUUCACAGAGCUCUGCUCUCUUAAUGGAUACCUGCUGGGGCCAUCGGUACAUGGUGCAGAGGUUCGGCCGACCUCUUUUCACGGCCUCUCAGUAGAUUCCAAUGCACAGACGCAUGCAUGCACUUACACAAGAAUACACCGCAGUCACACUCUUAACAAGGUUGAUGUGGAAACCUGAAAAGAGCAGCCUGCUGUACCCAGCCCCAAACCAGUCUGUCACCAUCUCAAGUCAAACCAGAUCAGGGAUUGGAGUGUGAGCGCAAACCCGCCUCAGGUUCAAACAACGGGCAUCGUUUGAAAAAAAUAAAAAAUACAACUUUGCCCUCAUUCAGCGGGCUGUUAUACUGCUGUCGUCGUUUUUUUGUAAACUGAUGCUGCAGAAGCAACAAGUUCCUCGGCCUGUCGGCCCCUAAAAAAGCCCAACGAAGAUUAUCUAAUUAAGGGAAGUAAGGGCCCCCCUGCUUUUCUGUGCCAUCUUGACUUAAAUAAAGGAGGGAAUACCCUUCGUCACCAUUGGUGCUGGACGAUACACUACUUCAAGCGUCAAACCUCUCUCUGUGGGCUGGGGAAUCUGUUUAAACAGGUGCCUUGUCCCUCCUUGGACUGUACCAACCAGUAGGAGGGGGGUUACUGGCGGAUCUCCCAUUGAUGGCGUGUCUUUGCAGUUACUGUAAACACAGAAUUAUUUUUUACGGGGGGGGGGAUUAGCCAUAGAGUUAUAACAAGGACGGAAGAAAAUAUUGGACUGGACCUGUUGCUUGUUAUCUUCACAGUUGCCUGGAUAUAUGAGGAGGAUUUGGUUCCAGCUGACCGCCAAAGAGCCACAUUUACACCGGCACCUCGUGAGACUUCGCCCAAUUACUUUGCAUUUUGAAUUUAAUUGCGGCGAUGCAAACUUUUGGCUCUCCAGAUUAUUCCCGCCAGAAACCCGCCAAAGUAGUAUAUCCUCCAACUUUGGUGAAAAUCCGUCCAAACCAGGCGGAGGUGUUGGUGUAAAUAUGGCUCAGAGAGUGAAAUAACCAACCAAUUGACCAGUGGCCAUACCAACUCGUACUUGGACCAACAACUCCUCCCGUCGUGUGCAUUGAUUUUCUUCAACUUUUUUUUUUUUUUUUUUUGUCGUCAGUGAAAAUACUCUGUUAUCGCCUUUCUACCUUUUUUUUGAAAGAAAGGCAAACAAAUGUGUGGGGAGGGGGGUUGGGGAAUAGACCGCACAUUUUUGAAUCCGUCCGCGGGGAAACCGAAAUGCAUGAUCUCACCGCUCUGCCCCGUCCCCCCCGAUCCGCCGUGCGUGGCUUUGUUGUGGCUCCCACCAAAAUACCCUCCACCCCGUUCAUGUGCAUCGAUGUGAAACUUGUACAUAACAGAGCACUUAAUGUCUUUUGGGGUUUUUUUUGUUUGUUUUUAACCAUUUUGUCAUUUAAUUUAAACAGUGGAAUUGUAACUGUUUUUUAAUCUUUCUUGGGAGUCUAAUUUCAUUGAGACAUGUUCUUUUCCAGUGGGAUGUAUUUAUUUGCCGAUUUAUUUAUUUUCUGUAAAAGGAGAGUGCAAUGUCAUCACUGUAGGCCAGUAACUCCAUGCUUUUUUUUUUAAUUGACUAUUAUGAAUAUGAUUAUUAAAGCAUGUGUUCCUAUGGGCCUGUAUAUGA